GAUUCAAGUUCGCCUUAGAAGUUUUCAAGUCGCCCCUUAAGAUAAACCAUAAGCUCGUCAACAAUUAACUUAAUAUCAUCUCAUCACCUUUCACCUUCGUUUAAUGCUCAAGAAUAAUCUUAAUUAACUCAAUAUAUCAAUCGCUUAAUUUAUUCAAUUUUAAUUAUCGACAUCUAAUUAGUGUUCAAAAUGCAACUAAAAGUGAUCUUCAUACUUUUACCAUUCGUUUUCUCACCAUCAGAAGCUCAAGAUCAAUGUAAAGCGAUCGCCAGAAGAGUUGACCGGAGUUUUCGGACAUUUUUCUUCAUCGACGAACAAGUUAAAAUCCCUGUGGCUAAACCAGAAUUAACUGAGCAUUGCCGAUUACCACAAAGAGCAAUUAAAUCGUUGAAAAAGUACAAAGAAUCAUGUACCAAAGGAUUGUCUUCUCAGAUAUUGCAACUCGCCGUUGUUGGAAUUACAAAUGCAAUCCAAUCAAUGUGUUCCCUGAAAAUCAAGAUCGUGAGAACGAUUGAAGUUAAUCGCUGUCUAACCGAUGAUUCGAUUAAAUCAUUCCAUUCGUGUUUCUAUCGGGGCGAGAGAAUGUUAGAUUCUGUUUCUCGGGUUGCCAACUCUUCCAACAUUUUACCUUUGACCUGUUGCGCUUUCAACUUUUUCGACGAGUGUGUUUUCUCAUCGAUCGACGAAACUUGUUCAACGAGUAACAUCAAAAUUAGCGACUAUUUCUCAAAUUUUUUCGAUCUUGCAUUGGAUGAUGUUCGCGAUUUGGCCUGUGGUCGACUCAAGACGGUCGCUAAGUGUGAAGAAAACCAUCCAAGACAAACGCGAAGAUUAAGAAGAAUCUAUCAAUCAAAAGAAUCGACUCAAGAUAAAAGAGGAAGUUUCAUCUUCUCUUUGGUUGAAAUUUCAUCUAAAUUGAGUGAAUAAUCAAUUAAAUCAAUCAUUAAUAACUCAUCUUCUUCACUUUUUUACCAAUAUUAUCAUUGGCAUCUUCAAUUAGACUUGAUUUCAAUAAUUAAUUGGAUUAAUUUUUUGUUUUACAUUGUGAUUUGUGGUCUUUGCGGAGUUUUGGACUCAUAAUUAUCAUUAACGACCAACUUGAUUAUCAUGACCAAAUUAAUUCACCAUUGAUAAUCUAUCUUCAAUGAUAGAUAAUUAAAGCAAGUUUUUUUUGUUAAGCUUGGGUUUAAUAUCGUUUGUUUUAUAUAUUGUAUUAAAUUCAGUUCUACUUUUUUUCAUCAGCAUUAAUAAAUUAAUCAAAACUGAUUUAUCUAAAGUAA